AUGACCAGAAGACUCACCCUCAGUGGCAAUCGCUCUGAGAUGGGCUUGCUUCAAGACACUCCGGAACCUGAGACUCCUCCUCCGGGCUGGUCUCCCGCCAAAUCAGACUUCUGGAAGAAGCCUUCAAAAUGGCAGAUCUGUAUGCCUCGAUUACGACUGCUUGUCAAGAUCCUUGCCAGUGUCAUUGGCUUUGCCAUCCUCGUCAAGAUCGUAGGCCAACAGCCACCUUCUCCAUCCGCUCACGCAUCUACGCCUCCCAGACAGCUGACGGAACAACAACUCAUGGACAAGAUGAUGCAAGAUUCCAAAAAGGAGUUGUGGCCAUGGAAGUCAUUUGAAACACAUGACGGCUUGACCCGUGGAACGUCACAUCUGCAUCUCUGUGAAUCGGGCGAAAUUGACUGCAAAAGCAAGGCACCUCGUAUGAUUCGGUACGACGGCUACAAGAACUUGUUGGAGCCAGUCUCACAGAUUGUUUCGUGUGUUGGUCCGCGGGGUGUGCCUCUCAAUGAAAGCGAAGAGGACGCAAUCUGGGCCUACCCCGGCAAAGCUAAUGGCGCUGUGGAACCUGCCAUUGGUUCGUAUGAAGCGACUGGCCUCGAUGGUAGCGUCUCCUUCGAUCGUCUGGGUCGUUUCCAAGCAUACGGCCUGGACCAAUUUGAGGCCAUGGAUUUCGACGAUAUGACGAAGACUUCUGAUGUUGAUUGGGACAAAGUUGACUGGGGUGAGCUACAAGAAACUUGCGCAGUUGUCAACAAGCAGCGAUUCAGGCCAGUCAAAGAACGUCCGCAGAAUUCAAUCCAGUACUCCAACAUCCGUCACAAGCACGACCGGCCAUCGGCGAAAACACUCUCAUCCACCCUUGAGCCCGGCAUGGUCAACAAGGUAAAGCGUACUGCCAUCCUCAUUCGUGUUUGGACAGGUGCAAAGUGGACUGCCGAUGCUGUUCUCAACAUUCGUGCGAUGAUUGCAGAGGCUGCCUUGGCAAGUGGAGGCAAGUAUCAAGUCUUUUUGCUCUUGCACGUCAAGGACGAGAAUGUUCCACUUUUCGUUGGGGAGGAUGAACCUCAGGCAACCAUCGAGAAGCAUAUUCCACCCGAGUUUCGAUCCAUCACCGAAGUUUGGAACCAUGCACAAAUCAGAAGUCUUUAUUCGAACCUGGCCGAACACGCCUUCGUUGGUCGGAGCCCCUGGAUGAUCAUCCAAUGGUUCGCUCGAAACCAUCCCGAGUUCGAUUUCUUUUACCAAUGGGAAUUUGAUGUUCGCUUUACAGGUCACUACUUGGACUUUUUCGAAUCGGUGGAAAAGUUUGCGCGGGAUCAGCCUCGAAAGGGAAUCUGGGAACGUGCCGGUCGAGUCUAUAUACCUGCCAUCCAUGGUGGCUUCGAUACCACCUUCCGAGAGUCAACAAGACGUGAAGACCCUCACCACGUUUGGGGUCCAGUUCCUGUAGAGGGAGUCAGACCCAGAGGACCAAAACCUCCGAUCAAAGAGCUCGAAGACAACUAUGAAUGGGGCGUUGGCGAGGAUGCUGACUGGGUCGGCUUCUUGCCGAGUUUUAAUGUCACUGGCACAAACUGGUGGUUCCGAAACUACCUCUGGGGCUACGCGCAAGGUGCAUCGACCCCAAGAAGAGCUACGCUCAUUGCCCAGGGCAGGGUCAGUCGACGUGUUCUGGAGAUAAUGAAUUACGAAAAUGCUGAGAAUGGCCAUCACAUCGACGCCGAGAUGUUCCCUCAGACCAUGUGUCUGCACCACGGCUUGAAGUCCACGACCUUCCCACAUCCAAUCUUUGCAGACCGACAUUGGCCCGCCGACACUUUGCAAUCAACCUUCAACGGGGGACCUUUCGGACAAGCUGGAGGUUAUUGGAAUAGUACCUUCAGCAAAUGGAACGAGUACGCCUGGACAAACAUGACCUGGUACUACAGCUCCGCACAAGCUAUGCCGGUCUUCCAACGGCUGCUUGGCAUCACAGCAUUGGAAAGCGGUGGCCAAGAAUGGGAAGAAGUCUAUGGCCGCACUGUCGUUCGUCCAAUGCUACUCCAUCCUGUCAAGGGAGGAAAGUCCUGGCACUGGAGAGACAACGGAUGGUUUCAAACUAAGAAUGGAAAGUAA